GCGCGGCAGCAUGGCGGGCGCGGCGCCGAAGCGGCGCUCGUCGGCUGCCCGGACGGCGACCGAGGAGGAGGAGGAGCGGCAGACGCGGGAACGGAUGCUGGCGGAGCAGCGCGCGGAGCCCGCGGCGGGCGGCGAGGGGGUCACGCUGCAGCGCUCAAUCACGCUGCUUAACGGCGUGGCCAUCAUCGUGGGUACCAUCAUCGGUUCGGGUAUCUUCGUGACGCCCACGGGCGUGCUCAAGGAAGCGGGCUCGCCGGGGCUGUCGCUCGUGGUGUGGGCCGCGUGCGGCGUGUUUUCCAUCGUGGGCGCGCUGUGCUACGCAGAACUGGGCACCACCAUCUCCAAGUCCGGCGGCGACUACGCCUACAUGCUGGAGGUCUACGGCUCGCUGCCCGCCUUCCUCAAGCUCUGGAUCGAGCUGCUCAUCAUCCGGCCCUCCUCGCAGUACAUCGUGGCGCUCGUCUUCGCCACCUACCUGCUCAAGCCGCUCUUCCCCACCUGCCCGGUGCCCGAGGAGGCGGCCAAGCUCGUGGCCUGCCUCUGCGUGCUGCUGCUUACGGCCGUGAACUGCUACAGCGUGAAGGCCGCCACCCGUGUCCAGGACGCCUUCGCAGCUGCCAAACUCUUGGCGCUGGCCUUGAUCAUCCUGCUGGGCUUCGUGCAGAUCGGGAGGGGUGACGUGUCCAGUCUGAACCCCAAGUCUUCGUUCGAAGGCACCAACUGGGACGUGGGGAACAUUGUCCUGGCGUUAUACAGCGGCCUCUUUGCCUAUGGAGGAUGGAAUUACUUGAAUUUUGUCACGGAAGAGAUGAUAAACCCCUACAGGAACUUGCCCCUGGCCAUCAUCAUCUCCCUGCCCAUUGUCACCCUGGUGUACGUGCUCACCAACCUGGCCUACUUCACCACCUUGUCCACAGAGCAGAUGCUGGCGUCUGAGGCUGUGGCUGUGGACUUCGGCAACUACCACCUGGGAGUCAUGUCCUGGAUCAUCCCUGUCUUCGUGGGCCUGUCCUGCUUCGGGUCUGUCAAUGGGUCACUCUUCACGUCCUCAAGGCUCUUCUUUGUGGGGUCCCGGGAGGGCCACCUGCCCUCUGUCCUCUCCAUGAUCCACCCGAGGCUCCUGACCCCCAUGCCGUCUCUUGUGUUCACGUGCGCAAUGACCCUACUCUACGCCUUCUCCAAUGACAUCUUCUCCGUCAUCAACUUCUUUAGCUUCUUCAACUGGCUCUGUGUAGCCCUGGCCAUCAUUGGGAUGAUGUGGCUGCGUUAUAGGAAGCCCGAGCUGGAGCGGCCCAUCAAGGUCAACUUGGCACUGCCCGUGUUCUUCAUCUUGGCCUGCCUUUUCCUCAUCGCCGUCUCCUUCUGGAAGACUCCCGUGGAGUGUGGCAUUGGGUUUGCCAUCAUCCUCAGCGGCCUCCCUGUUUACUACUUUGGGGUCUGGUGGAGGAACAAGCCCAAGUGGUUGCUGCAGGGCAUCUUUUCCACCACCGUCUUUUGCCAGAAGCUCAUGGAGGUGGUCCCCCAGGAGACAUAGCCACAAGG